AUGUCGACGAACAAAGACCCAGAACUCGCGAAGGACGGCCUUGAAGUUACGGCAUCCCUCUCCUCCUCCAAAGAUGCCAACGCGCCCGUCCCAGUCGAAGGCACGACCGAACACCUACCCACAUACGAGCACGAGAAGGCUUUGACAUGGAAGUUCGACCUACGGAUACUGCCCAUGUUGGCAGUCAUGUACCUCUUCAACGCGCUCGACAAGGGUAACUUGGGCAACGCAAAGACGGACAACAUGGACAAGGACCUUGGCUUUGUUGGAAACCAGUACAACAUCAUGCUGAGUAUCUUCUACGUACCGUACGUUAUCUUUGCGCCGCCGAUUGGUAUGCUGGGAAAGAAGUACGGACCGCAUCGCGUGCUGCCGAUCAUGAUGUUUUGUUUCGGUAGCGCAACGCUGCUUGCUUCAAGUGUGCAGAACUGGAGUGGAAUGAUGGCUUUGAGAUGGUUCUUGGGUAUGGCUGAGUCCGCCUUCUUCCCGCUUGUCAUCUACUACUUGACUACCUUCUACCGCCGAGGCGAGCUUGCAAGGCGACUCGCACUGUUCUACGCUGCCUCCAACAUCGCGAACGCAUUCUCAGGCCUUCUCGCCUUUGGCGUAUUCCAGAUCGAAUCGAAGCUCGACUCGUGGCGCUAUCUGUUCAUCAUUGAGGGAGCGCUUACAGUCUGCUUCUCAUUCUUCGCCUAUUGGUACCUCCCCAAGAACGCAUUUGAAGCCAAAUUCCUCAACGAAUCGGAAAAGCAGCUUGCGUUUACCCGUAUCCAGAUUGACUCGUCAUCGGUUGUUGACCAGAAGUUUGAUCUGAAAGACGCGCUUGGGAUCUUCAAGGAGACCUCGACCUACGGUUUCCUCGCUAUUGAGGUCUGCCUGGGUGUACCGCUACAGUCUGUAUCGUUGUUCCUGCCCCAGAUUGUAGCGCGACUUGGCUACGACAAGAUCAAGACGAACCUCUACACCGUUGCGCCCAACAUUGUCGGAGCUGUCGUGCUUCUCAUCCUGGCCUUUGCCUCCGACCACACACGUCUCCGCUUCCCUUUCAUCGCCCUCGGCUUCUUGCUGACGUUCAUCGGCUUCAUCAUCUACGCCACCAUCGACGUGGAGCACUCCCUUACCGUCGCAUACUUCGCCUGCUUCAUGAUGACUUGGGGAACAUCCGCACCUUCUGUCCUCCUCUCAACAUGGUACAACAACAACGUUGCCGACGAGAACCGACGUGUUACCCUUACUUCCGUUGGUGUGCCGCUGGCGAACUUGAUGGGUGUGGUCAGCUCCAACAUCUUCAGGCCGCAGGAUGCGCCCGAGUACAUCCCCGCGCUGGCCACCACUGCGGCUUUUGGCGCGACUGGAUGUGUGUGUGCCGCGCUGCUAGGUGCUUAUAUGGUCGUAGACAACAAGAGGAGGAACGCGAAGCAGGGCGUCAACCACACUGCUAGGGAUGUAUCGACUGAGAAGCUCAGGGAUGGACCUAAGAACCCAGAGUUCAGGUGGUUCUUGUAG